UGUUUCUUUGAGUUAUUUCCCAAUAAUUUCUCAUUAUCUAUUUCUUCUCUAAUUCCUUAGAACACCCUUUUGACUCUUUUACAGCUUUUGAACUUUCUCUUUAAUUUGAUUUCAUUUUUUGUUCAUCUUAUUUCAUAGAUCCAAUACUUACUUCUUUCAACGUAUUAAAGAACAAAAUAUUGAAUUGAAGCUCUAGAUCUAAAGCAUAUAUUGGAGCCAUGUCUUUUAUUGGUACCCAACAAAAAUGCAAGGCUUGUGAAAAGACUGUUUACCCAGUGGAACUUGUAUCAGUAGAUGGGGUUCCUUUCCAUAAAUCUUGCUUCAAAUGCAGCCAUUGCAAAGGGACAUUAAAGUGGGGUAAUUACUCAUCAAUGGAAGGUGUUCUUUAUUGCAAGCCUCAUUUCGAGCAGCUAUUCAAGGAGGCGGGUAACUACAACAAGAAUUUUCAGUCACCUGCCAAGUCAGCCGAGAAGUUAACUCAACUGACAAGAUCGCCUAGCAAAGCGGCCGGCAUGUUUUCCGGGACACAAGACAAAUGUGCUACUUGUGGUAAAACUGCUUAUCCACUCGAGAAGGUAACAGUGGAAGGUCAAUCUUACCACAAAUCAUGUUUCAAGUGCUCUCAUGGUGGUUGCCCUAUAAGCCCUUCAAAUUAUGCAGCACUUGAGGGCAUUUUGUAUUGUAAGCAUCACUUUUCCCAGCUUUUCAAAGAGAAAGGAAGCUACAAUCAUUUGAUCAAGUCCGCAUCGAUUAAGCGCACAGCCGCCUCUGUUCCAGAAGCUUGAUUUAUAGAAAUCCCUUUUUUUCAUGUUUUCUUUCUGUCCUAGUGUUUGCUGGAUUUUUUUUCCUUAUGAAUCCUUUGAUUUAUGUUUAUGAACAAAAAAGGGGAAGAAAAAACUUGAAUUUCCUCUAUGGCUUAUUCACCUGCAGAUAUGUAAUGGCAUUUUAUUGAUGGAUGGAUAUGCAUUCUCCAAAUUAGAAUUUGUAAAAAAAAACCCUUGCUUUGUUUGCAUGGUACCA